AUGCAGCGGUCCCUUCCAACAUUACAGACAGAGCUAUUACUUCAAAUCCUCCUUCAUCUCGCCCGUGAUGACGUCUUAAAGCCAACACGAACUUGCAGGGCUCUCAAUGCCGUCGUUUUCUCGGUUUCCUUUCAGCAGAACGGCCUAGCGCUCGAGAAGAAUGCAACAUUUCCGGCCGACGAUUCAGAGCCUGCCCCUCCGCCUCACGAGGUAUUGAGCAUGGCUAGGCAGUCCUUCUCGUUCGGACACCAGCUACGAAACAUGUCUCUACGAAUGACUCAGUCGGGCGUACGCGAACUCCUACAAGCCGUAGAUGACCUGAGAACCAUUUUCCAUCUCUCAUCAAGGCUUGACGACGUUCGACUUGCGUUUAAGAUAGAAGCGCCGGUGUGUGUGACCCUGUCGACUGCGAGGGAUUUAAGACUCACCUCGGAGAAGUGGAAGUCCGAGUUUUGUUCAUUGUUUACUUCGAUCGUGAGCAAGGGAUGUUGGAUGCUGGAGAUUGGGACAGGGCAGCAGAUGACUGACAUCGACCUGAGGGUCUUCCAUUCUGGGCGAGUAACAUCUAAAAACCAGACAAGCGCACCAUCUAGCAAACUCAGCGCCUGGUUCAAGGGUCUUUCGAUUAAAAAGAAGGCGCCAAAAAGCCAUACCACCUCAUCCAUUCCACGGCUUCCACCCAAAUCUCUGGCACCAGUGCCGCCCAUCCAUUCUUACUCGAUGACCCUUCGCCUAACCUCAGACGUGCUCUUGCAAAUCUUGUUCCUUGAUUGGAUGAUAUCACUACUGUGCGAAAGUGCCUCCACUCUCACUGAACUCGCGUGGCUGCUGCCUGGCGCACUGCCCAGGCGAGCCAUCGGACGAGGCUGGCCACGACAGCGGAUAAGCGCUUCCAGCCAGUAUCAAGACUGUUUCCCUCCACCUCUCUCCUUCAGUGACAAACCCCGGAUGGAAUGGUUUGCGCGGAAGGUGGUUGAGGCCCUGUUUCCUCAUGGGGUCGUACUGCAGAUCUUCCAGCCUGAGAGGCCUCUAUGGCGAAGUGAGGAAGCGCAGAGGGAGUUGAUUGUAGAGGUUGUCACUAGAAGAAUCCCAAUGUAA